AUGAGUAGAGCGCUCCUCCGUGCGGCCCGUGCGGGGUGCAUAUAUAUUCGCAAAGCCACAAAAGAUGCAGAGGACGAAGAAAAGGAGGUUACAGAUGUGGAAGAACAGCCGACCUUGCAGACUGCGGAGCGUAGCUUUGUCACGCGCAAGUGGACCACGGUCCCCAGGCACUUGGAGAACUCGGAGGUCGAAUUUCUUGCUAAGAGACGACCGGGCUUGCCGUCAUUAUACGGUGCCACGACCUCUGGUGCCAAUGGCGCUGAAAAUGGGUCUGCGCCAAUGAGGAGGACCCGCUUCAAGAAAGUUGACCCGACAAGUGGAAACAUCUCUAUCUACGAGGCCUGGGUCCCGGAAGGGCAUAAGAUUGAAGGAGAAAUCACCGACGACUCUCAACUCGUACCAGAAAACAGUGAAACAAUCGUUACACCCGAGGCUCCUGCUCCUGGUACAGUUAUUGAAGGUGUCGGCGUGGUCAAUGCAGAAGGCGUAGUUGUGGCAGAUCCAGCCUCAGCGGCUGUCAUGACUCCUCCGAAGAGGCGCCCCCCACCUCCUAAACGUAAGGCGAAGGGCUUCGGGAAAGGAAGGAGGAAGAAGGUCAUGUUUGCUCCUGGUGAGGGAGCAGAUGCAAAUGCCGUACAUGGAGCCGGCACUGGAGCGGUCGAUGGCAUCGCCGAACCAGGUUAUGGUAAAGAGGAUGCGGAUAGGUCGCAGAUGUCAGUCGACCAGAAUGGCCAGGAUGAAGAAGAAGACGACGGUGAGGAGGGCGAGGAAAGCGACGAGGGCGAUGAGUCAAUGCUAGAUGCUAAGACACCAGAGACUCCGCUUCACCAGCCUAGUGCAGAACCGACAAAUGAUCCAGCUUCUGGACCUGUGGCGGAACCGGUUCCUACUUCUACUGCACCCGCUACGGAAUCCGUGGUUGCUUCACAACCGCCAGCUCCAAACCCUCCAGCUGUCGCCUCAGAUUCAUCUGCGCAAGCAUUCCCGCAACCACCUGCAGUACCCACCAUGCCACUCGCACCACAACAGCCCUUCCAGUCUAUCCAGCCAAGUACCGAUCUACCAAGCUCUACUGUUCCUCCCACAAAGCCAACCCAAGAACUGACACCUGCUGAGGAUGUGGAGAUGACCGAUGUCAACCCAGAUUUACCCGGUGUCGAUACCAAUGCUGCACCCUUAACCCAAACAACACCGAGUACUCAACAGCAGGCAACCCCACAGGUCAUUGAAACACAGACUGAGACAACCAUGGCUGCAGUCCCUGCACAACCUCAAGACAUCCCGCGGGUCACUGCACCGGACCCAUUCCCAGUCGUGAAGAGUGAAGAUCCGACUGAGAAACCAUUGGAAGUUCCUCCGAUGGAACAGACUGACUUGGUAGUCCAAGCAGGUGUCGAGGACGAGAAUGUGAAAUUGAAACCCCCGGCUAGCCUUCCAGAGAUGCCGCCACCAGAACAUGCUCCUCAGCCAGAGCAGGCACUCCAGCCACAACAGACUACCCAGCCAGGACAAACUCACCAUCCACAACCGACCCAUCAGUUAGAAAACACGCCUAAGUUAGAGCAAGCCGCCGAACCAGAACAAGCUUCCCAAUCGGAACAAAUUCCUCAGUCAGAGCCAGCUUCGCAUCCCGAGCCAGCCUUCGCCGCCCAGCCAGCCGGUGAUAUUAUGGGGAACAAUGAAUCCAGUCUCCUGGACAGUUUAGAAGCAAGUUUAGGGCAUGCUCCGGGCGUAGAGAAAGGCAGUGAAGCUCAGUUCGGUGAGCAAACAGAGGCUCUAUCUGACCAUAACGCCGGCCAUCCCAGUACAGAGACUACCCAGCAACCUGGAUCCAUGGAGAUAGAUGUUGACACCAUGGACCCGUCAACUGAGCCAUCCUUGCAAACACCAGCGCCACAACCUACCGAGCCCAUUGAGCCGGUGGCUGACCAACCACCCAACCAAGUCCCUGAGAUUGCUACUGGAAACAGCGCAGAGCAAGCCGCAGAACUCCCUAAGGAACAUACACAGCCCCCAGCAGAGACACCAAUAGAACCAUCAAUAGAGCCUGCCACUCAAGAAUUCACGCAAACUUCCGUCGAGCAGCCGGUCGAGCAGCCGGCCGAGCCUGCCAUGGAACAGACUGAGCCGAAAGCGGAGGAGCCGGCCCCAGUGCAGGUAGAAGAACCACUUGGAGAGCCCCAAGGAGCACAACAACCUGAAGCACAACCAGAACCGAUUUCACAACAGAGCUCAGCAGAGGACAUAGAACCUGCUCCUGCUAGUAAUUCAGAACCACCUGCAGCACCACUCCCAGAACCACCGCAAGAAACGCCUAUCGAGCAGUUUCCACAGCCUACGGAGCAAGAAGUAGCGCAACCCUUCCUGGAAGCACCGGUGAAGCCGGCAAUAGAACAAGUAGGCGAGGGAGCCGGUGUUUCUCAACCAGAGACGACACAGCCUCUCCAGGAGGAUGAACCUGCGCCGCCACAGCAACCGGCUGAACCCCAGCCACCCCAGGCUGCAACUCCACCUGCACCAACCGGUACAGAAGAUGCCCGGCCUAGACCCAUUGAGACCAGUGAGACCAGUGAAACCCACGAUUUCACUGCACCCAAUUUCUCUCCGAUAUCUGACCUGAACCCUGAGCUUGAAAAGAAGGAGGAAAUAGAAGCGCAGCCAAAAGCAGGGGAGGCAGGAGAACCAGCACCACCGGGACCUGACACUGUUCAAAACCCAUCAAACUAA